AUGAAGCGACAUUAUAAAAAAUCAAGUGACGAGGAUCGGAUUCCGAUCGUGGAGAGACUUUAUAGGAAAAAUCAAGAAUGCUACACGAACGCUGGAGGUUUUAUGGACGAAGACGAUGAAGAAGAAGUUCGAAGAGAGCGCAUUUCGGAAGCAAGAAAACGAAAGCUUGAAGCAGCAGCUAAAGCAUCAGGCUUGGUGGCACCCGAUGAUUGUUUGAUGUGUUCGAAGUCGUUGCUUGAUUCGUAUCUCUGGGAUAACUUCAAUUAUGCCGUUUGUGACAAAUGCCGAGAUGACAAAGAUGCGCAUAAGUUGAUUGCAAGAACGGAAGCCAAAGUCAAAUAUAUGCUGAAAGAUUGUGAUUUGGAUUUGAGGAAACCUGUACUGAGGUAUAUCUCAAAGAAGAAUCCCCACAAUCCACGUUAUGGAGACAUGAAACUCUAUUUGAAGCCCCAGCUUGAACAACGUUGUCUCGAAAUCUAUGGAUCGUGGGAAAAAUUCAACGAAUAUAAAGAAACUCGGGCCGCACAAAAGGAGGCACAAGCGGAGAAGAACACGGAAAGAAAAAUCCGUCAGAUGCGAAAGCAGUUAAGAACCUCAAAGAUGAGCGUACCAAGUACGAGUCAAUCACAUGAACAUACCUUCGGUAAAGAGUUAUAUGAUGAUGCAAAAGAUAUGUAUGUGUCGACGUGUACAGAUUGUGGUUAUUCCAUCUCAUAUGAAAAAUUUUAACUCAUUUAUUAUGAAUAUCAGUUUUUCAUUACAGUGUUAAGCUCAUACAUAUUGUUUGUAAUUUUUGCGCACUUUAUGUGUAUUUGCUUGAAAAUUUUGGGAUUGUUCAUUGAUAAUAUGUUUUUGUGUAAAUGAUUGCCUGUGAAAUAAAGACAGC